AAACUUGAUCAGUAGUGUAGUUUUCUUUUAGCUGGAGGCUGGAGAGUGGCGUUGUUGAUCAGCCUCCAUAGUUAGCUAUCCUACCCUCAACCAUACGCCAUUAAUUUCUACAUCCGAAAUCGCCCAAACCAACUCCUACUUUACACUACACUACACGCCCAAUCAAAUUCAAUAUUCAACAUCAUCAUCGUUAUUAAAGAGAGCCUUAGCCUGCACCCAUUUUCGGAUCUCACUCUCAAUCUCAUUUCUUUUCUUUCUUCUCAUUCUUCGUGCUCUGCAAUUUGAAUGGAAGUUGCGUGAUUUUGCUCACGGCUUAAAGGGUUUGUUUCUUGCUUGAUUUGCUGAAGCGGGUCUCUCUCACUUGCUCUGAAAAUAUGAAGGUGACCGUAGUUUCACGGAGUGGUCGAGAAGUUGUUAAGGGUGGCCUUGAGCUCAGUGAUUCUGCCACUGUGACUGAUCUGCAGGAGGCGAUCCAUAAGCGAACCAAAAAGUUCUAUCCUGCAAGGCAGCGGCUUACUCUCCCCGUCCAACCAGGAUCAAAAGAGAGGCCAGUUGUCCUUAACUACAAGAAGAGUCUCAAAGAUUAUAUCAGUGAAAACUCAGACAACUUAACUGUGGUGUUCAAGGACCUAGGCCCACAAGUGUCCUACAAAACACUCUUCUUCUUUGAGUAUUUGGGGCCUUUGGUCCUUUAUCCCAUCUUUUACUACUUCAAUGUUUACCAGUACUUGGGCUUCAAAGGAGAUCGUGUCAUCCGCCCAGUCCAAACAUAUGCUCUAUACUACUGGUGCUUCCACUACUUUAAACGUAUUAUGGAGACAUUUUUUGUACAUCGCUUCAGUCAUGCAACCUCACCACUCUUGAAUGUAUUCCGGAAUUGUGCUUAUUAUUGGAGCUUUGGCUCCUACAUAGCUUACUAUGUGAAUCACCCACUUUACACCCCUGUUAGUGACCUCCAAAUGAAGAUUGGGUUUGCUGUGGGGAUAAUAUUUCAGAUCUCAAACUUCUAUUGCCAUAUCCUGCUGAGGAACCUGCGAAGGCCUGAUGGAAAUGGAGGAUAUCAAAUUCCACGUGGUUUUCUGUUUAAUUUUGUGACAUGUGCAAAUUACACUACAGAGAUCUAUCAGUGGUUGGGCUUCAAUAUUGCAACGCAGACAGUUGCUGGUUAUGUCUUCCUUGUAGUUGCUGCAUCUAUCAUGACAAAUUGGGCCCUUGCAAAGCACCGCCGUUUGAAGAAGAUAUUUGAUGGGAAAGACGGGAGACCGAAGUAUCCGCGUCGAUGGGUGAUACUACCUCCAUUCCUGUAGAAUUGAUUAGCGACUAGGCUGUCCUGCCUUUGCUGGUCUUUUGGGUAUUCAAUUGUUGGAUACCAUCCAUGCUGGAUGGGUGAUGAACUUGAAGAAGUUGAAAUCGCAUGUUCACUCAAUUGAUGGAUCUUAACAUUCUGCUUAGAUGUUGUAAUUCAUUUGAACUAGUUAGGGAUUUGCUUGUGGAUCUAUACAAGAUAGGUCACCUUGUUCUUUCCAGUUGAACUGUUUUGUCAUUUGUACUUCUUGACCAUCUAUGAUAUUUCUCUUUCUUAUAAUUUUAGAAUUCAAA